AUGCGAAUGAAGCAGGAGCAGCCUGUCUUGGUGGCCAAAUCUUCACAUAAAUCAAUGGAAAUGCUGGGAUGGUCAGCAUAUGUUCAACAAAGCUCACAAUUUUUACAGCCUUUCUGUACAAAGCUUCAUGGCAAGCCACCCCGGGUUCAUAGUGUUCAUAGUGUAUAUGAGAAAAUAGCUCCUUACUUCAACGGUGCACGCUACAAGGCAUGGCCAAAGGUGCAGCAGUUCAUUUCAGAGCAGGAGCCAGGUGGCCUGGUUGCUGAUAUUGAUGAGUGGGGUUGUUUAUCACAUUUGAUCCACCAUUUUUCAACAGAAGAGAGGUGCAUGCGAGCAAUAAAAGAGAUAGCUCACAUCUUGAGAGUAGGAGGCCAGAUAAUGAUAUAUGUGUGGGCAAUGGAGCAAAAGCAGAGAAGAUUUGAAAAGCAAGACGUCUUUGUUCCUUGGAAUCCUUCACCUUCUUCCUGCUCCUCAGAUCGCUUGGCUCAAGCAGACAGCAGGUGGGUGCUGGGGAGAGCCUGGCUGAGAUGCCACCAUGUUUUUAAAGAAGGGGCAUUGGUUGAACUGAUAGAGCGUCACAUUCCGGAGCUACAUAUUACUCAUUCAUACUUUAACCAUGCCAAUUGGUGUGUGAUCGCAGAAAAGACCGAAGUGUGGAAGAUCUAGGGGAAAUUGCCUUAUUGAAAUACACAAAGAAUAUUUAAGGGCUUUCUUCCUUUUGAAAGCUCAGUGCCUUUGAAAAUCUUUCCUGAAGCUUUUUAGAGCCUUG